AGUGGGAAGGAAAAGGUUGCGUAUUUCCGGGCUGCCAACUUUCCAACACUGCAGCAAGGAAAGCAGCCGCCUGGAAUUUACUGUUUUUAGUGCCCGUGGAAGUCGCCACGGUGGCUCAGGCGGGGGGACAGGGCAGUGGAGGGGCUAAACAACGACGUAGGGUCCCAAAAAUGUUCAACAAAUUUGCAUCUAUCUUGCAACAUGCAGUGGAAGCGAUUGACAACUGGAGUGGUGAACUGGAACCUCGUCUGGCACCAAACCUCCCCCUCCAGGAGGAUUUUGUUUACCACUGGAAAUCCAUCACUAAGUAUUACAUAGACAAUACCGAUGACAAGCGCCCUGUGGACCAGACCAACAUACCAUCUCACCUGGAGCAGAUGUUGGAGAUCCUGAUCCAGGAGGAGGAGGAGAGGGGGGAGGCGGGGCCGUGCAUGGAGUACCUCAUGCAGCACAAACUCCUGGAGACCUUACACACACUGGGCAGGGCAGAUUGCCCACCUGGAAUGAAGCAGGAAGUUUUGGUGUUUUUCACCAAACUCCUGGGGAAAAUCCAGCAGCCGAUUCUGCCGCAUGUCAACGUGCACAGACCAGUCCAUAGGCUGAUUCGAGUAUGUGGUGAGGUGCAGGCAGCACCAACAGAGAAUGAGGAGAUCCAGUUUUUAUGCACGUUGUGUGCCAAGCUAAAAGACAACCCGUACCUUGUCAACUUCUUCCUACAGAGAGACUGGUGGGCUCGUACCAGAUCUGGUGUGGAACUUACCAAGUACAAUAGUGAGGCCCCACCCAAGAGUGAAAGCACACCAUCAUCAUCACCCAGUAAAGGCUCUGAUUCGUCGACAGGCAGUGAGGGGUGCCCGGAAUACAACAUCAUUGACUCAUUACUUAGUUUGACACAGAGUCCAGACAGCAGAAUAGCUGUGAAGUCGUGUGAAGGUCUGAUGCUAUUGGUCAGCCUCCCGGAGCAGGCGGCGGCAGACUGUGCAGUGAAACACACGCGACUGUGUGAGGUGCUGACAGACAGGCUGAGUCUGCUCCACAGGGGUCUGCCUGCCACCAUGGAGCCAAUUGACAUAGAGUCUGUAGAGGCCAAAUGGGGGUUAGAUUUUAGUGACAAAGACGACGCCAACCAGUUCCCGGGAAAGCGACAGCUGACGUCCUUCCUGUCAUGGCUGGACUACUGUGAUCAGCUCAUCAAAGAAUCACACAAAACCAUAGGUGCUGCUCUGGCAUUUGCUGUCAAAGAGAGAUUCUUUGUUCCAGUGUUCGAGCCUCAAAUCAUGCAGGCGUCAGAGGUUGGGGCACUCACAGCAACAGCCCUGCUGACCCAGUGUUUGAAGAUGGUGACCUCAGAACAUCUACUGCAUGAGCUGGUGAUGUUUUGCCUUGGAGAGUGCCGGGAUAUGGAGAUGCCUGGGGAUGCAGCCAGGAGACACAAGCUGAGACACCGUGUCAUCGAGAGGUGUGAUCACCUGUCUGAUGAGUUGACUCUGGUGUCCUUGAGGUUAUUUGAAGUCCUCCUACAAAAGCCCCAUGAACAUGUGACGCACACUCUGAUCCUAGCAAACCUGGAGGAGAGAGGGUACUACGACAUCAGGAAAGAAGAUGUCAGUCAAUCCAGUAGCCAUGACAACAGUCUCAAUGUCAGUAAAGACAGCAACCCUGAGAGCCAAGAGCCUACUAGUGACUCUGUUAACCACGAUCAAAGUUCUGAUCUUGUUAGUGAAAGUGGUAACCAAGGAAAUCAAGACGUUAGUCAAAACAGUCAAGAGGACAGCCAAGAUGCCAAUCAGACUAGUAGUCAUGACGACCAGGAACAUGUGGCAAAUGGACUGUCCACAUCGCCUCCGACUACGCCAACUCCCUUGACACCCACCUCGCCUACCACACCUAAGGAGGAUGACAUUGAGGACUGGUUGAAUGAGGAAAAGUGGUCUCCACAGAAGGACUCCCCGACAAAGGACAAGGACGGGUCUCCGGUACACAAGGUCGUCAACAGCUUCCUGUUCCUGGUUCCAGAUGAGAUCAAGUCCUCGUCACAAGUAGAAGGGACAGGAUACGACAUGUACCUCAGGGACGCACACAGACAGUUCAGAGAGUGCUGCAUCAGCUCCAUCAACUGGGAUUGGCCGAGUGUCGUCAAACCCCUGCCUAAAUGUCGCACUGACAUCCACUUCUAUGAAGGGUCUCUCCUCAAGGUGUUAUUUGACAAGUUGUCCAGAGUCUUGGACCAGCCAUACGAUGUGAACCUACAGGUGACGUCAGUCCUGUCCAAGCUGGCCCUGCUGCCCCACCCACACCUGCAUGAGUACAUGCUGGACCCCUGUAUCCCCCUCACCCCGGGGGUCAGGUCACUACAUUCUGUUCUCAAAAGGGUGGCAGCUGACCUGAUGUUGCGAGCCCAGAGGAUCCCAGACUUUAACAGGAAACUGGUCAUGGUCAGGCAGCAGCUGAUGGGAAUGGCACCGGCCGAAAAUGUGGACCACAGGACCCUGCUGGAGGGCGCUAUUGUCCUGGAGGAGUUUUGUAAAGAGCUAGCCGCUAUCGCCUUUGUCAAGCACCAUGCAACAUCCUCGCAACACUUCCUACAGAAGUAGUUUCAGCUGGGCAGUUCAAGUUUGCAACUUUUUGCACACCUCUUUUACUUCUCUGUAGUCUUAAGAAAUAAAAGAGGGGAAAAAGCAGUUAUAGUAAUAUCAUUGGAAGCUAACGGUACAUCUCGUUUUUAGUUUUAACCAACAAUUUUAAGUUAGAUAUGCAGGGCUUAGGUGUGAUAAAUUGUUCAAAAUAUUCCAAAACAUGGUCAUACCGGUAUAUUGAAACAGAUACAGUAGUAAAUAAGGUGAUGGCAUUUCUAUUUGUUUGAGACAUGAGACAGUUUCUGGAUAAAUGCAAUUUUUCAAAACAUUACAUUUAGUUUUCUCAACACGAUAGACCCGUAAAAUAAUGGUGCUAGUGAUAAAGGACUGAAAGCAGUGAAAACUGGGUGGUGUGAAAACCCUGUAGGAUACAUCAGCACUUCUAGGGCUAAAGAAUGUUUUAAGAAUGAUUAUGAAAAUUCAAGACAAAGGUAAUUCUUGCACCUUACUGCACUGAUGCUGUGUUGACACCACUAAAUAUUUCCUUAGUCUCAGGCAGACACAAGUAUUUUAUAUUAAAGAAGUCUAUUUUUCAGUUAAAUCAUUCUUUCAGAGUUUGAGCUAGUCUGGCGAAUUUCAUUUUCUAUCCAUACAAAGUCUGUCAGUACUUUUUAGUAUCAUGCAUGGGAAUUCCUAUUGAUGUCAAUAAUGAUACCGACAUACCAGGCUAUUUGUCAUACGUUACGUCUGAAAGAACUGUCAGGUGUCAGCAGUGUCAUUGAAGAUCGAGGUGUGAGUUUUGAGUAUCAUGGUAUUACGCUAUGUACUACCUACACACCUACCUGGCCUAGCAUGGUCUGACUCCAAAAUUAACCUUAUGCCACAUUAUUUAAGGCCAUGUCUUUUUGUGUAUAUAGUUAUUAUGGUACAAAAAAUUUUAAAACAGUUAAAUGCAUAAGAAUGGACUAGUUGGAAUACAGGUAGUUGGGCCAAUCUGAUUGAGAUUUGCCAUUAUCUUUUUUUUUUCUAUUAGUAUCUUAUGUGUUUAAUCUGUUUAUUAUAUGUCAGUUAGAGUUCUUGCGCUUAUUCUUCAUUCAAUCUAUAUCAUGUAUAUACAAAAUAUCAAUAUUUGAUUUGCAGCAGGUUUUUGUAAACAUCCUUUUUUAGUCCAGCUUCAAGUUUAACCAGCUCCCAGCUGUAAGUGCAUUCAUAUUCAUGCAUCAAAUAUAGAUCUGCAUUGAUUACAGUGGACAUCAGCAAGGGGAGGGUUAACUAUAGCUGCUUGUGAGUAAUUUUGUGUGCAAUAUAAAAGUGUUACUGUAAUUUUACAAGUUGAUACCCCUGCACACUUCUCCAGCAAAAACUUAGUAUGAAGAAACAUGUUAUGUACAAUCUCGUCCAAUCUGAGACUAAAAUUGACAAUGUCCAUGCUUCUGCAGAAAAACCCAAACAGCAAAAAUACUGUAGAAUAGAAUGUAACUAGCAUUUUCCAGAGUUUGGUUUUCUCCCAAAAUUGUACCCUUGCCAAACAAAGUUUUAGAAACGUUUGCCUAUAUAAAAUUGUCACCUUGCCAAAAUUACAUACAAAAUCAAAGCAUUUCAGGAUAGAACAUCAGCUACUUGUGCUUACUUCUACUUGUUCACCUAACUUCAAGAGUAUUCCUUUGUCUAUUUUACAUUUUGAGAUUAGAAUAGCGCAGGUUGAUGUUAAAUAAACCAUUGUAGUUGUUGUGAAUAGAAACUUUUGGUGCAGUGCAAAUACUGUACAACUGUCCAUGUUUAAAAAUAUAUAUGUAACUUGAUAAGAAAUAGUUAAUCCUUUGCUCAGUAUUUUUUGGAAAAAUUGACCCAAUGUUCCCCUUUCAUGUACAUAAACAUAUGGUUUCUUGCCACUUUGAAGACCUUUAAAAUUAAAGGAAGGAUUUUACCCUAGAAACAUAUACACUGUACACUUUCUGCAAUUGUUUAAUCAAACAUUUAGGAACUUUGGUAAGCUUAGAUAUUAUCAUCAGCACAGAGACCAAGAACUUCUUACAACUUAUUUAUUCUCAUGGACUUCAAAUAAAGCUAAUUUUAAG